CCGUCUAGUCUCACGAGCGUGCUGUUUCCACACCACCACCAGCAUACUGACCUUACGUUUUUGUCGCCACACUCACUCUUUCAUUCAGUACACAAUGGGCAUGAGCUAUCGUCGUUACCUGGCAGGAGAGCGCAUCUACGGCUGCUCAACUUGCAAGACUCAUCUCGCCACUAUCCACUCAAUGAUUUCAAGGGCUUUCAAUGGCCAGCAUGGCAGAGCAUAUCUCUUCGACAUCGUUGUCAACGUUAUUGAAGGGGAACCAAACGAUCGUCCGAUGACUACUGGCAAUCAUACAGUUCGAGAUAUCUACUGCUGCAAAUGUGGCACCACGUUGGGGUGGAAAUAUGUACGAGUUUGCAUGUUGACUGGGUGCAUGCUGAUCUGCAUGUGUUCUACACGUACAGGACAAGGCCUACGAAGAAUCUCAGAAGUACAAAGAAGGCAAAUACAUUCUUGAGCGCAACCUGCUCGUCGAUGUCCAAUGAUCGACCACACCGAGGUCCUUCCCCCUGCUACUCUACUCCUAGACUGUCCAAUUGCAGCACACCCUCGAUGCAACGUUGUCCGACAACCUCUUUUAAUUCUAUUUUAGGAUUUCACCCUUCCCAGACAAUUCCCGGAUCUAUUCAACUGUGACUGGCGAAAGGAGGCGGAAGCGAAGCGGAAAUCAUUUCGGAACUCCAAUAAUCCGAAAGACCACGUACGAAUGCGGCGUUAGACGUUUGGUUUUAUCGACAAUCGUCUCCCGUGCCCAAUUCCUGCGCUGACACUCCCACUCCCUCAACAUUUUGUACAUUACCCUGCUUGGCCUUGUCAACUGGAAGCGUUCAAACGCUUGUGAUUGUCCUCGGCUUGUAUUCAUUCUCACACCAUCGCACAUCGACACCUCCCAUAGACCAGAACAUUCGAUACUGCUUUUUCUACCUUCGCAUCUACUCAUCAUUCCAUCACGGACUCUCACGGUGCCCUUCCAUCACGUAUGGCGCUACGUUGUCAUCUACUUUAUUUCUCUAACUGUACUUACCCACUUCCGAAAUCGCACAAACUAUUUUCUUGACGCAAUCUCCUUCAUAAGCAGUGAAGGUUAUCACACGUCAGCGCUACUGUCUAAGCGUCUUUCUGCAUUUGAAACAAAAUGAAUAGAACUGAUGGGAGGCGCACUUCUUGUCUUUGCGUAGGUCGAUUAUAAUAAGUAUAGGUUCGAUUAUACUUAUAUGUAUAGUUUGGUG